CCUCCCUCCCUUCGCUUGUAUCCCGGGUGUGAGCGGACUUGGAGUCAUAAGGAGAGGCAGCAGAUCGCCGGUGUGCACCCAUUCCUGACUAACUCCCAUUCGUGACUAACUCUACAAGUAGCGAGUAACUAGUGCUCAUUUGGCGAUGCGGCGGUGGGCAGUGUUGGUGGCGGCGCUGGCCGCUUGGUGCGCACUUUGUCCAGGGGGUCCAGAACCGGUUAGGGCGGCGGCGUGCGAGCCGGUGCGGAUCCCGCUGUGCCGCUCCAUGCCCUGGAACAUGACCAAGAUGCCCAACCAUCUGCACCACAGCACGCAGGACAACGCCGUGCUCGCCAUCGAACAGUUCGAGGGACUUCUCGGCACGGGAUGCAGUGCCGACCUGCUGUUCUUUCUGUGCGCCAUGUACGCUCCCAUCUGCACCAUCGACUUCCAGCACGAGCCUAUCAAGCCGUGCAAGGCUGUGUGUGAGCGCGCCAAACAGGGCUGCGAGCCCGUCAUGAGGCGCUACAACCAUAGCUGGCCUGACAGCCUGGACUGCAGUGAGCUGCCCCUCUACGACCGCGGUGUCUGCAUCUCUCCUGAGGCUAUCGUCAAGGCGGAGGGGCCAGAUCCGUACUACCAGGACCCAGCCAGGUGCAACCCAGAAUCCAGUCCAGACUUUCCCUUGGACGCCAACAACCUUCACUGCAGAGGACCCGUCGAUCGCUGCAAAUGUAAGACAGUCAAGAUGAGUUUUAAAACCUACAUGAACAACAACUACAACUAUGUGAUUCGCGCACGUGUGCGUGAGGUCCGCACGCAGGGCAUGGAGCCCACGGCGGUGGUGGAGGUUCGCGAGGUCCUUAAGUCUUCUCUGGUGCACAUCCCCAGAGAAACGGUAACUCUUCACUACUCGUCCUCGUGCCAAUGUCCACCUGUCACUGCCGGAGAGGAGUACCUCAUUAUGGGAUAUGAGAACGAGGAGACGUCCAGGUUACUGCUGAUUGACGGCUCCAUCGUGCAAAAGUGGAAGGACAAGAUGGGACGCAAAGUCAAGCGGUGGGACCGGAACCUGCAAGGAAAAGCCCGAGCAGCUCAUCGCCGGAGUCGCCACUGAGAUGGGACCACCAGUGCAUGCGUGCGCGCAUGUAUGUGUGUGUGUAUAUUGCACUAUCACAAGUAGCUGAAUGUAGUUCAUUUAUCUUUGCACAAACGCCAUCUAGUGUGUGUUUGCUUGUGUGCGUGCACAUGUGUGUGUGUGUGUGUGUGUGUGCUGUUUGCAAAGCGGUGUGCAUCUGUGGUCAUGUGUGCGUGUGCAACUUCUCACCUGGGAUGUUGUCAUGUGGGCUAAUUUCUUCUUUUUUCCCGACAUAAAGGGAACUGCAACUUUGCAUGAAUGUUAGUGACUUGCUCUCUUUAUGCAAAAAAAAAAAAUUGGUUAAUUAGCUCUUUUGUCACCAUAUCAACAUGAACAACAUCACAGAACAAGAUCCUAUAAACACUACACUAUUUUCCUUUGCUCUUUAAACAAGAACUGAUGCUGCUCUUGAAUGGAUUCAGUUUUGCAUACAAUGACGUGGUUACUUUGAAAGAACCAAAUGAAAUUUGAAAAUGAAAGAUCCUAAAAAUAAAAAAAAAGCUUGUGCUUUUAAUAAUAAUUCAAUGGUCUUUGGGAUUUCUUUCCAUAUCAGUACAAUUAGAAACUGCCAUUUUGGACCCAGUUCAAAGGGAAGUCAUUGUAGUUUCUAUUGUCCAACGGCUCACAAAUUUAAACCCUUAAUCAUAAACAGAUGGGCCAAGAUAAAUUGCAAAAGAUUUAAGUUUCCUUCUUUGUGCGCGGGUGGAAAUUGGAUUACUUGCCAUAAAAU